GUAGUACGGCAAUUUCUGGCACCCGAAAUCUCAUGUCGAAAUAGCUAGUCUUCCGCUAUCGGUAGUAAUGGCGCUGACACGGUUCGAACGGUUCCUGGCCUCGGUACUGCGGGGAGCGGUCGGGAUGCUGUUUGCCGUCUUCCAGCUGCUCGCUCAGCGGCGGGGAGCCGACAGGUCGGUGAGGAGGCUCCCACCAAUCACCAACCCACUGUUGAGGGUCCCCGCGAUGCGGCUCGCCCGCAUGAUUCGACGGAGAGAGGUAACCAGUGUGGAGGUGGUACAGACCUACAUAGACCGCAUCCAAGAGAUUAACCUCAUCAAUGCCAUGGUCAAGGACAGGUUUUCAUUGGCCCUGCAGGAGGCAGCCCAGGUGGAUAAGCUGAUAGAGGAGGAGACAGGAGGAGAGGAUGUUCUGGAGGACAGGCUUCCUCUACUGGGUGUCCCUUUCACUGUCAAAGAGGCCUUCUCCCUCCAGGGCAUGCCUAACUCCACAGGGCUGGUGUCACGGCGGGGGGUGAUUUCGGCAACGGACGCUCCCCCGGUGGCUCUGCUGAAGAGGGCAGGGGCCAUUCCUCUGGGGGUGACUAACUGUAGUGAGCUCUGCAUGUGGCUUGAGUCCCAUAACCGCCUGUAUGGAAUCACCAACAACCCAUACGACCUGGAGAGGAUACCAGGCGGAAGCUCCGGAGGGGAGGGCAGUAUUUUGGGGGGCGGUGGUUCCGUGAUAGGGGUUGGCUCUGAUGUUGGGGGCAGUAUUCGCAUCCCAGCAUUCUUCAACGGCAUCUUCGGCCACAAGCCAACAUCAGGUGUAGUAUCUAACGUGGGUCAGUUCCCCCCAGCCUCGGGGCAGCAGCCUGGUUUCCUAUGUACAGGCCCAAUGUGUCGCUACGCCCAGGACCUGCUGCCAAUGCUCAGAGUUAUGGGAGGAGCCAACGCUGACAGGUUGUCUCUGUCGUCUGAGGUGGAUCUGAAGAGACUACGGUUCUUCUCUGUUCCUCACGAUGGAGGCUCUCCUCUGGUGUCUCCUGUCGACCAGCAGCUAGUCCUGGCUCAGAGGAGGGUGGUAGAGCGUCUGGAGGCAGACCUGGGGGUCAAAGUUCAGCAGCUGAAGAUUCCUCAGCUCAAAUACUCCUUCCAGAUCUGGAGUGCGAUGAUGGGAGCCCCGGGGAAGGAUGGAAAGCAGCCCACAUCGUUUGCAGAGCUGAUGUCUGACCAUGGGAAGAAGGUGUGGCCUCUAUGGGAGAUGGCUAAGUGGACUGUGGGACUCUCCAAGCACACCGUGGCUGCUAUAGGUCUGGUCCUGGUAGAGAUGUUCCAGAGGUCCCAGCCCACCCAGUUCAUCCUGCAGCAGAAGGAGUCUCUCCAGAAGGACCUGGAGGAACUGUUGGGGACAGACGGGGUUCUGCUCUACCCUUCUCACCCGCACCUCGCCCCCAAACACCACCAUCCCCUCUUCACCCCCUUCAACUUCUCCUACACUGGUAUCUUUAACAUUCUGGGCCUUCCGGUGACCCAGUGUCCGUUGGGGCUGAGCGCGGAGGGUUUACCCUUGGGACUGCAGCUGGUGGUGGGGAAGCAGCAGGACCGUCUCUCCCUGGCCACCGCUGUGUUCCUGGAGAAGACCUUCGGCGGUUGGAGAGACCCGGGGAGCAUCGCCACGGCCACCACCCAGCUAGAUACCUGGCUAGAUACCACGACAACAUCGUGAAUAUACAGAGAUGUUUAUUCUGGGAUGAAUGACAGUCCUAGAAGACAGAGGAAUGUAUGCACUGACACAGACAGGCAGACACACUCACACUGUCUGUUUGCACAUGCCGUCCUGUCAGUCGUCCAGCCUUGUCAUUCGUUCUUUAACAACAGACUGUCGCCAGGUUACUGAGUCACUCGUCCACUACAGUAUGUCUGUUGUGUCUUCGUCACAAAGUGCCCUAUGCUUGUCCAAAGAGCCUUUAUGUGUCCUGUCAUUGUGUGUUCCUGGCUUGUGUCCCAAAUGACUCCCUAUAUAGUACACUACAUUUGACCAGAGCCCUAUUCCCUACAUAGUGCCCUAUAUUUGACCAGAGCCCUAUUCCCUUCAUAGU